UGUGUUAUUUGGUUUGCUUGUCUUGAGUUAGCUGCCGUGAGUUUUUGAUUUAUUCUACAGGCCCUGCAAGCCAGAAGAAAGUUAAUCUCUUUCUCGCACUGCAAGCAAACCCAAACGAUUUUAUGACCAACUUCAACGAUGCAAUCUUGAAUGGGCUCGAGAUCUUCAAACUCAGUGACAAAAAUGGGAAUCUUGCCGGACCCAAUCCCGACCCACCUCUUCCAAUAACCCCACGAGUGAUAGCUCCACCGCAAAGCCGUAAAUUUUCGAAUAAGAGUUCAACUUCUCUAAUUGCUAUCAUUGCUGGUCUAGUUUCCGGCGUGCUUGUUUUAGGCUCUGUUCUCGGGUUUUUCUUGGUGUUCAGGCGAGGAAGGAAAAACAAGGACACGAGCUCCAACCAGGGAAUGAAUUGGGGUCCAUUUUCUUUUCCGGCGACCCACAGAACAUAUGGACCGUCUUAUUUGUGUCGUUACUUUGCACUGGCUGAGAUCAAAGCCGCCACUCGAAACUUCGAUGACAGUUUUAUUAUUGGAGUUGGAGGGUUUGGUAACGUGUACAAAGGAUGCAUUGAUUAUGGGGCCACUCGUGUUGCAAUCAAACGGCUAAAAUCUGAGUCAUCACAAGGCGCCCACGAGUUCAAGACGGAAAUCGAGCUGCUCUCUCAGUUCCGCCACCGCCAUUUGGUGUCUCUCAUCGGAUAUUGUAAGGACGGCAAUGAGAUGGUCUUGGUGUACGAUUACAUGUCACGUGGGACCCUUGCCAGCCAUCUCUACCACACUGACAACCCCCCUCUUUCUUGGGAUCAGCGUCUCCAAAUUUGUAUCGGCGCUGCAAUAGGUUUGCACUACCUUCACAGCGGCACCAAGGGUACCAUCAUCCACCGUGACGUGAAGAGCACAAACAUUUUAUUGAAUGAGAAAUGGGUGGCCAAAAUUUCAGACUUUGGAUUGUCAAAAAUGAGCACAAUCAACACGUCCAAGACCCACAUUAGUACGAUUGUGAAAGGCAGCUUUGGGUAUUUGGACCCCGAAUACUACAAACGUCAACGGCUAACUGAGAAGUCAGACGUGUAUUCAUUUGGUGUAGUGUUGUGUGAGGUACUGUGUGCAAGGCCGGCUGUGAUGCAUAAUGUGGAGCUGAGGCAAAUAAAUUUGGCUGAGUGGGCCAAGAGCUGUCAUCGCGAUGGGGAACUUGAUCAAAUUAUUGAUCCAAGCAUUAGGGGUGAGAUUGAAAUCCAGUCUCUGAAUAAGUUCGUUGAGAUCGCUAUGAGUUGCAUGAAUGACAGUGGAAUCGAACGACCGUCAAUGAAUGACGUUGUGAAGGGACUUGAGCUUGCAUUGAAGCUCCAUCGCAACGGCGUUGAAAGGAGCAAUGAGGUUGCCUUCAACAAUGACAGAGCUGCAGAAAUUAGAAGUGUUGAGCCAGGUUGCGCUACAAAUGAAUCCAUUCAAUGUAUAUCUGAGACGAUCUUUUCUGAGAUCAAUGAUCCAAAUGGGAGAUAAUGGGCAACAUUUUUGAAUUACCCAAGAAAUGUAGUAGUA